UAAACUUGAAUGGAAAUACUACAAGCUUUCAUAUCUUCAUUUCCCGCAAACAACAACCAACCUUAUCUUCAACAAUGUUCCUCCUUCGCCGCUUCCAAAAACCUCCACCACCACCCACCUCCGACUCCAAAAACCCCUCCGAUUCCGACUCCGACUCAUCUUCCGACGCAGAAUCAGAAACCCCCCAAGAAGACCUCGAUAUCGAAUCUUAUCUCAACUCAUUCAUCGCCCAAAACACCGAAGCACCAGUCCCAGACUCCGAAUUCGACCCAGAACAAAACUUCAAAGGCGUAAUCGAAGCUUAUCAUUCCGAAAAAGUUGAAAAAUACUACGAAAAAAAAAUUCGUCGCAAGGUUCAACAUCAUAACCCGUUUGAUUUUCCACCUGAUUAUGAGAAUUGGAAAGAAGAAGACUUGAGAGAGCUUUGGGAUAAUGGGAAUAACACCAUUACUGGUACUGGUUGGGACCCUGCUUUGGCUACGCCUGAGGAAUGGGAUUAUGUGAAGUGGAAGCAUUAUAAGGGACAAGAUGUUCCUAUUGCUCCUUUUUAUCUUCCUUAUAGGAAACCUAUUCCUCCUGUACCUACUAAUCAUUCUGCUAUUAAAGGUCCUAAAGGUGUUAUUGAAGAAUUGGAUAGGAUUGAAGAGUUUCUCAAAUGGGUUAGCUAUGUUUUUGAAGAUGGUAGCACAUAUGAAGGAACUCUUUGGGAUGAUAUUGCUCAAGGAAAAGGUGUUUAUACUUCUCCAGAUGGACUUGUCAGGUAUGAAGGUGAAUGGUUUCGAAACGACCCAGAGGGUCAUGGUGUUAUUGAAGUUGAAGUACCUGUUAUAGAACCUGCUCCCGGGUCCAAACUUGAAGAACAAAUGCGAGCUGAAGGGAAGAUAAUAAGAAGGGAUUUUAUGUCCUCAGAAGAGAGAGAAUGGCUUGAUAAGGAUAUUGAAGAUAGUUAUCUUCUUGCAAAUGGCAACUUUGAAGUCCCCUAUUAUGAGAGGGAUGAAUGGGUUAAGGAGUUUGGAGAAAAGCCGGAGAAAGGUCGCUAUCGUUAUGCUGGUCAGAUGAAGCAUGGGAGGAUGCAUGGAUGUGGUGUAUAUGAAAUUAAUGAGCGUAUCAUAUAUGGUAGAUUUUAUUUUGGAGAAAUAUUGGAUGAUGAUGAGGGAUGUGAUGACCAAACUUCAGCGCUGCACGCUGGUAUAGGCGAAGUUGCUGCUGCAAAGGCUCGCAUGUUUGUGAACAAGCCAGAUGGAAUGGUUAGAGAAAAGAGAGGUCCGUAUAAUGAUCCACAGCAUGCUUACUUGUAUGAAGGAGAGGAUGUGUGGAUGGCACCUGGCUUCAUUAACCAAUUUUAUGAAGUCCCUGAUUACUGGAAAACAUACGCGCAUGAAGUAGAUCAGGAAAGAGAAAUGUGGUUGAACUCUUUCUAUAGAUCUCCUCUUAGGAUACCUAUGCCAGCUGAGUUGGAAUACUGGUGGUCCAAAGCGGAGAAUAGCAAGCCUCCUGAAUUUGUCCUGCUUAACAAGGAACCCAAGCCUGACCCUGAAGACCCAUCAAAACUCAUAUAUACUGAGGAUCCUGUCAUCCUUCACACUCCAACCGGAUUUAUCAUCAAUUAUGUCGAGGAUGAGGAAUAUGGAGUACGUUUGUUCUGGCAACCACCUUUGAAAAAAGGUGAGAAAAUUGACCCUGAAAAGGCUAUAUUCCUACCCCUUGGUUAUGAUGACUUUUUUGGGAUAGCUAAGAACAAAAGGACCAUAUGGGAGCGUCUUAAGCUUGCAAUUAAAAACGUGUCCAAGCCAUGGUUUGAUAACCUAGGAAAAUGGGCGGAAGAACAGAAGAAAAUUAGUGGAAUGAAAAAGGAGGCACUUGAGAAAGAAGUUGAACUGAUAGAAGCUGAAUUAUGUUUGGAAGAGGCCAUUGAGGACAUGGAAGAGAUAUUGCGUAGAAAAGAGAAAGAGGAGAAAAGGAAGGCCGAAUCGGGGUUGCCAGAUGAAGAUGUAACCAAACAAGAUGAAAAAUCCCGUGUAGAUGAAGAAGAUGAAGAUGACGAGGAAGACGAAGAUGAUAUUGCAGCAUCGAGUUUUGGGUCCAUUGAGCAGGAACCAAAGACAGAUCAGGAGAAGGGAAAACCUGGCAAAUCACCAUUUUCUACAACUUCACUAGCAUUUGCUUCUAGCAGCCUUAUCUCUGUGGUUCCAUCAAAGUUGCAACAAUCAUUUCCAUUCUGGAACAAGGUUGGAUCAAAACCAGGGUUAGUUUCUGCGCAACACAUUGAUCACAUCAGCGAUGUGAAAACAGCUGGUUCAGUCAGUUUCCCUCCUGUGAUUGGUCAAAAGGGUAGGCUGAAAGCUGUCGGUAAAGCACAUGAAAAAAUUGUGGCAAGAAGUUAUUCAGGUGGGAAAUUUCUUGAGGUAUCCUCUAUGUCUCAAACUCGACCGUGUUAUACGACUUCAAAAAGUAACUCAAAAGAGCGAAGAAUGUGUGGCAACAUGUGGCUGCAUGCGGCACCAGAGAGGGAUUUAGACAAUAUACUCUCUCUGCAUUCAGCUUCAUCAAUGUACAAUUUUUAUCCAAAUAUCCAAAGAGAACCUCACUUCAAAUUUAAGCUUUGAAGGUCAUUUUUAUUCUCAGCUAGGCCCUUGUGUACCAAAAAAUGAGUGAGCAUAGGUUUUGCCUCGGCAUAGAGACACGAAGGAAAUUAAAAUUGUGUUGUAAUAUUUGUCUUUCAAAUCUGAAAAGUAUCUGCUGAAUACUGUAUGCAUAAUGCAUUAUUUUUUGGAUCAUGUUUCACCUUUUUACACAA